ACCGUUCAUCACAUACCCUGUCAUCUGGUUAAGGGUUACGGUGGCAAUGGUCGGCAAGUUCUUCAUCACCAGCUCUUAUGGUAUUAUCUAUGUAUACGCGGCAGAAAUAUACCCCACGAUCAUCAGGCAGGUGGGGGUCGGGUCGUGCUCUGUGGCCGCACGGGUAGGCUCUAUGUUAGCGCCGUUUGUCAAGGAUCUGAGCACCUACACCGGUAUGGGACUCGUACUGUCCAUAUUUGGCACCCUUUCCAUUGUCGACGGAAUUACUAUACAUUUUUUGCCCGAAACUCGUGGCAAACAUAUUGCGGAUACCUUUGAAGAGGCGGAGAUACUGAACCGAAGGCUUAUAAACAAUAAGAAAGAACCGGAAUAUUGCCUUGGGCACCGGGGGUGCUACGAGGACUACGACUAUGACUACCACCUACUGAGCUUGAUAUGGCCCCAAAGCGUCUGCGAGACCACCCAAUGUGUGGCUCAUCCGGAUAUCUGGUCCAUAUAUGAUGACUUCGAUGUCUCCAAAACCGCGUCCAUACGCCCGGAACUGAGCCAAAAGUGGGGCGCAUUGAAGGCGUCGAAGACCAACGAUGACUUCUGGGAGAGAGAGAGAGAGAGAGAGAGAGAGAGACUGUCGAUCGAUAAGUGGUUGGCCGACGCCGGUAUCACACCGUCGCUCACCAUAGCCUACCCGUUGGCUGACAUUCACUCAGCCCUCGCCAAUGGGCUGGGAUUUAAGGUUAACUUAAAGUGUUUGGCCGCAACACCCGGCGAUUACCCGAUGCUGUCCGAUGUAGGCGUUUAUAUC